AUGUCGAUCAAACGAGCCCUUUCCAAGGCCAUUCGAGGAAGCGUGGGAGGAGACAAGGGAGAUGAAGAUGACUCUUCUGGCACCAAAAUCCGUACUAGUCUUCCAAGUCUCCCCCAUAAGCCUAGAAUAUCCCUUUCCCGAGAUGAAGGUUCACCCACCGCCUCCCCUCGCCGCAGCAUCCUGGGCAACUUCUUCCGAGAACGCGACUAUGUCUCGUCCUCCGAGGACGUUUCUGAUGACUCCUCUUCGGGUUUGAGCAAGAAUCAACAAAAACGAUUGGUCCGCGAGCAACGACGUACCGAACGCAGUCGCCUCAGCGAGGAGGCUUUCACAGAUGCCGAUCACCACCGCAAAGAAGAAGAGAUUGCAAAGGCUAUGGCGGAAGAAACUCCAGAGAUGAAAGCUCGGUAUGGCGAGCUUCCCUUGAUGCAGUCGCAGACUCGACUGCGGGAGGUACGCAUCCCAUUGGAUGAUAUUACCGCGGAUAUGGUCGGUCAGGACAUAUACUUCACAGCUCGGCUGCAUGUGGUGCGCCGUAUGAGUGCCAAGCUGGUCUUUUUGGUAUUCCGCCAGCAGCUGAGCACCUUCCAAGGGGUUCUGCACGAACGUGCCGGGAUCUCCUCGGUGGCCAUGGUUCAAUGGGCGGAACACUUGCGAGUGGGCUCGUUUGUUCGAGUUCGCGGCAAGCUUCAGAAACCCGAGGUGCCCGUUCUCGGCUGCAGUAUCCAUGAUGUCGAGCUGGCAAUUGACUCGGUGCAUCUGCUUGUUAAGCGUGAGGAGCCGGUGCCCUUCAGUGUUUACGAAGCCGAAAUCCGGACCAAUGAGGAGGAUAAGAUAGAGGGCCGUCGCAGUCAUAUCCCUGAUCGGACUCGGCUGAGCAAUCGCCUCCUUGAUCUGCGCACUGCAACCUCUCAGGGAAUCUUCCGCCUCCAGUCAGCCACCUGCAAUCUCUUCCGUAGUGCCCUGGAUGACCAAGGGUUCAUUGAGAUCCAUACCCCCAAGCUUCAGGGCGCUGCCACUGAAUCCGGUGCCAGUGUUUUCCAGGUCAACUACUUCAACCGCCCCGCAUUCCUGGCCCAGUCACCUCAACUGGCUAAACAGAUGGCCAUCGCCGCUGAUUUUGGUCGUGUCUAUGAGAUCGGUGCUGUCUUCCGCGCGGAGAACUCCAACACCCAUCGCCACUUGACUGAAUACACCGGUCUUGAUAUUGAAAUGGCCAUUGAAGAGCACUACCAUGAGAUGCUCGAAACCAUUGACGCAACUAUUAAGAACAUCCUGAAGGGUGUCUACACGAAAUAUCGACGAGAAAUCGACCUUGUCAAGCAUCAGUUCCCCUCAGAGGAUGUCAAGUGGUUGGAGACUACUCCGGUCAUUCGUUUCGCCGAUGGCAUCAAGAUGCUCAAUGAUUCCGGAUGGCGUGAUGAGAACGGAAAGGAGUUACCCCUGGACGAGGACCUGGCGACCCGUGACGAGAUUCAUCUGGGUCAGUUGAUUAAGGAGAAAUACGACACCGAUUACUAUAUUCUUGACAAGUUCCCUCGUGGUGCUCGCCCGUUCUACACCAUGCCUGAUCCAGAAGACGAUAAAUACACGAACUCCUUCGACAUGUUCGUCCGUGGACAGGAAAUUGUCUCUGGUGGUCAGCGUAUCCACGACCCACACAUGCUGGAGAACAACAUGCGCGCUGUGGGAAUCAACCCGGACGACAUGGAAGAGUACCUGGAAGCAUUCCGCUGGGGUGCACCACCCCACGCUGGUGCGGGUGUUGGCCUGGAGCGUUUGCUGAUGCUCAUCCUUCAGGUAGGCAACAUUCGACUUACCUCGAUGUUCCAUCGCGACCCCAAGAGUCUGCCAGCCAAGCCUGCAGUCCAGACGCUGCGCCAUCCCGAAGCAUCGACAAUUGAUCCGGUGUGGCUGCGAGAGCACCACCGACGGGUUGCUUCCGGCCCUGAGGAGCUGCCGUCCUUGGAGAAGAUCGUUGCCAACUACGGCGACGCAACCUCUACAUCUUGGUUUGAUGAUCGAUACAAGAUCUGGCGUGACAUGGGCACUGGUGCGGCCGUGGCCUAUGUUCCCAGCACCAGCAACUUCGUUAUCGUCCCCGGUAACCCGGCAUGUGAUCCCAGUCAGUACUCUCGUACCAUCACACAAUUCCUCCAGUGGCUUCGUCGCGACACUAAGUACAAGCCUGUCUGGAUCCUUUGCUCUCCAGAAGUUGAGACCAUCCUCGGCGAGCGAUUGGGUUGGCGCAGUCUGUCUUGUAUUGCCGAAGAGCGUGUUGACCCCUCGCGCAACCAGGCCGCCUCUGAUGGAGAGAUUGCCCGCAAGCUGCGUCGUGCUGAGACUGAGGGCAUCAAGAUUGUUGGCUUCAACCAGGGCGAGCUACCCGACGAGGAGGUGCGCAAUAAGAUUGACGGUCGCGUUCGGGAGUGGCUAGCAAACCGUAAGGGCACACAAGUCCAUUUGUCGGAGAUCCGGCCAUGGUGUGACUCAGAUCACCGCUGGUACUUCUACGCCACAGACAAGAAUGGCACCAUCUGUGCUUUCGUUGCGUUGGUCAUGAUCUCUCCGGCCCACGGCAUGCAAGUCAAGUACAGCUUGGACUUCCCCGGUGCGCCCAACGGUGUCAUCGAGUACAUUGUGACCCAUGCCAUCCAGACCGCUGGCAAGGCUGGUGUUAAGGGUCUCACCUUUGGCGCCGGUGCUACCGCCCGUCUCACUCCUGGACAUAACCUGCAUGGCACCAAGAUCAAGAUGCUAGAGCACACUUACGAGGCUCUUGCUAAACAGUUCCACCUUGUGCGCAAGAGUGAGUUCCGUGCCAAGCUUGGUGCCACGGAGGAUCCCCUUUACAUCUCUUACCCAUCGCAUGGUCUUGGCUCCAAGGGUAUCCGUGCUAUCCUAAACUUCUUCGAAGAUUAA